GAAAACAAGUGGAAGCGCUCCGGUCUUUCAGUAGCUGGGAAAGAGAAACUGAAAGAUAAACGAGACUUUAGAGCUGAAUUCGUCGACUGGAAGAAUCCUUUCACUAUGUCAUCAGAUGAGGAUUUCUCCCUGGUGUUGGACCCUUCACAGUCAGAGAACACCUUGGAGGGAAUCAAUGCCUUAAUCAACAAAUUCAAGAAAACCCAUGAGCAGGUGUUGGAGGAGCAGAAGGAGCUGGCUGUCUGUAUAAAAGACAGGCAGGAUCUGGUGAAGCAGUUCAAGGAGCGCACUGAAAAACUUACUCAGACCCUGAAGGAUGAUGAAAGCUCCUUCAGAGACCAGAUGGCAAAUGAAAAGGCGAAGGUGAAUGCUCUGGAGAUGGAGGAACGUGAACUUUUGGAGGAGCUUGAGAGAGCCAAGGCUGCUCUCAGCGAGGAGGAGGCUCAACACCAGUACCUGAAAGAGCAGACAGACGUUUUUACUGCCGUGCCGGAGAGGAAUCUCGUCUUCAAAGGGGCGACAAGAAGUGCUGAUGACACCCAACAGUUUGACAUGAAGUCAAGAAUAGAGUACCCAAUGUUGGGCGGAACCACUCUGAUUACAUUUGAGGAGGAAGAGGUGGCAAAGAAAAUUCUGUCCAUGAAGAGCCAUCGGAUUGAACUGGGAGGAGAGUGCAGCAUCAGGGUGGAGGCCAGACCAGUUCAUCUCAUGGUGCCCAAGCUGGUGGAGAUCGACACAACCGUUUGUCCUCAGCGCAUUUUGAUCUCCAACCUGCCUGACAUGGACACCGAGACUCUGCUGAACAAGCUGGAGAUCCACUUCGCCAAGUCCAAAAAUGGAGGCGGGGAGGUGGACGACUGUGAAAUGCUGACUGACUCGGGAACUGUGGUUCUCACGUUUGUGGAGGAAACCAUCGCUAAAGGUUUGACAGAAACAGAGUUCCAUGAAGUGAAGUUUCAGCAAUUCAAGCACAAAGUGAGAGUGACUCCUUUUCUGAACGGAACCAUUAAAAACUUAGAGACCAAGCUGACCCAGUGUCCCCGGACGGUGCUGCUGUCAUGGAUACCUGCCAUCAUGGAGCCAGAAACUCUGCAGGACCUGGUGGAAAUUCACUUCCAGAAAACCUCCAACGGCGGAGGAGAGAUUGAAGCCAUCCUCUACAACCCACAGGGACAGCAGACCACUGCUCUGUUUGAGAGUGUUUGAGAGUCAAAGAGAAAGAAAAGUAACAGCAGAUUUACCCCCUACAAAACAAAAAACAUCUUAGGUUCAGGGUGAUAUCUUAUGUUAUCAUAUCUGCUGGGAGUGACACAAAUCGUUAACAUGAUGCUAUUAGAAAACUUAUCUUCUUUCUGGAAAUAGGGACAUUGCAAUUAUUUAACAAUAUAGUAAGAAACAUGAAAUAUAUGAAACCUGGGUGCCUUCUAUUUAAAUACAAUGUAAUUACAAAGAUUAAAAAAAAAAACAUUAACAA